GGGCUCUGUGCGCGUCGGCGGCCGCCGCGCUCGGUCCGCGCCGGGACGCGCUCGGUGCGGCCGCGGUUUCCGCGCAGUCCCCUGCUCCUGGUGCCCGAAUCCCUUCGUCUGGAGCAUCAGCAGCGUGUGGAGCCCGCCCCACACAGCCCACCCCUGCCAAACCACGGCCUUUACCUGCGUGUUCCGCUGUUUCCCGUGCGACCCCUCCUGCGGGAGCGCCUCCUGGGCCACCCCCGACUUCAGCCAGCGCUCCGUGGCUCCAAUGGUGAAGAUGACGAGGUCCAAGACUUUCCAGGCGUAUCUGCCUUCCUGCCACAGGACCUACAGCUGCAUCCACUGCAGGGCUCACCUGGCCAACCACGAUGAGCUCAUCUCCAAGUCCUUCCAGGGCAGCCAAGGACGAGCUUACCUCUUCAACUCCGUAGUGAACGUGGGCUGUGGCCCCGCAGAGGAGCGGGUGUUGUUAACGGGACUGCACGCCGUGGCAGAUAUUUACUGUGAAAACUGCAAAACCACGCUGGGCUGGAAAUAUGAACACGCUUUUGAAAGCAGCCAGAAGUAUAAAGAAGGCAAAUACAUCAUUGAACUAGCUCACAUGAUCAAGGACAACGGCUGGGACUGAGCAGAGCCAGCCCUGCAGUGCCAGAGAUGCCAUCCAGCCCAACAUUGUACCCAAGAGUGAGAGAGUGACUGAACGCUUGGUUCCAUGCAUUUAGAGGCUCUGCAACCCGGGAGCAUCUUCACACCCUUCUCCAUCUUUAUUGGUGACUGGCCUCUAAAUUCCUGUCUCUCUGUCUCUUUGCUUUGUAUCUGUCUGUGAGUUGACCCUGGCUGCUUCUCUCUCUGUUGUGUUGGCUCAGAGAAUGCACCGAAUGCCCGACAGCCAUUCCAUGUGCCCAGAGCUCCACCCAGCCUGGCCUGGGCUCUCCUGGCACCUCCCAGCUGGUGCCAAACCCCGAGGUUGGGCAGGAGAAGGUGGGGCAGGGGUGGGGAACCAUCAGAGGGUGAUGCUGUGCUGCUCCUUUCAGUCCUGGGUAAGCGAGGCUUGAAACCAUCUCCUUGUGUAAAUGGACAGAGAAAUACCUGCUUGUGGAAAUGGAUAGAGAAAUAUCCACUUGUCUGAGUGGAUACAGAAAUAUCCACUUGUCUGAAUGGAUAGAGAAAUACCCACGUGUCUGAAUGGAUAGAGAAAUAUCCACUUGUCUAAGAAGGACACAGGAAUAUCUCCUUGUGUGAAAGGACAGAGUUACCUCGUGGCUGUGUUUUCUCUCUGAAUCCAUCAGUGGCAGAGCCAGUUCCCCCACAAUCUGUGUUUUGGUUGCUGUUUGUGAGCUCCUUGUUGCAGGGGAGGUUCCUGCCUCUCCUUUUCCUUGCUGGUUCAGGGUAGGGAGGCUGAAGGUCCCAGCUGAGCACGGCCAUAGGGAGCAUCCCCAUGGCUGGAGAAACCAAAUCCUGAGCUGUGAGCCCUUCAGAGAGGAGGAGAAAACCACUCCAGGCACAAGGAGGCUGGAGCUGCAGCCUGGAGAAUGUGGAGAGGUGAAAAAAGGCACGUGUGAGGCAAGGAGGGGGAAAUUCCAUAGAGGAGGAUGGGGACAAACAGUGGCAGAGGGUACCCCUGGAUUUCCUGGCCUCCCCUGAGCACCCUUGGUGGUGUUGCACCAAUCUUUCACAAGUGCAAGGAGGAAAAUGCUGUUACAGAACCUUUUCCUCGGAUGCCAGGCUCAGAAAAUGCACGGAAGUGGGGCGAGGAGGGAGCUGAGUGGUGGCAGCUGUGGGGCACAGGUGGAUAUUUCAUCCCUGAGGUAUCCUCCCCCCUUUCCCCACUCCCAGCAGCCCAGUGCAGGCACGGGGAGAGUGGGAAAGGAAAAAAGGAAAAAAAAAGAAA